CAUAGACCGGGCCCACGCAAAUCCACGCCUCCUCUUCCUCUUCCUCCUCGCGGCGAGUGCUCGAGGGAAAGAUAUUUUUGGGAGGGAGGCGUUCGCUCCUCCGCAUCAGCUCGCCACCGCGUCCUCGUCGCCGUCGCGGGCAGGGAAGGAGGAGGGGGGGGAAAGCCAUGAACUGCCUCCAGAACCUGCUCAAGUAAGGAGCCUCCGAUCGUGGGAUCCAGGUCGAUGAGGCGGCCCUCGCCGCUCAAUCUGACCAUGGUUCGUGGCGGGAGUCGCCGAUCAAACACUGUCAAAACUGCAUCUGGGGCGUCUACUUCGAGCGCGGAGAGUGGCGCAGUGGAAGCAGGCACGGAGAAGUCCGAUACGUACAGCACCAACAUGACACAGGCUAUGGGAGCAGUGUUGACGUAUAGACAUGAGCUUGGAAUGAACUACAAUUUCAUACGCCCAGACUUGAUCGUGGGCUCCUGCUUACAGAGCCCACUUGAUGUUGAUAAGCUUAGGGACAUUGGUGUAAAAACAGUAUUCUGCCUGCAGCAAGAUCCGGAUCUUGAAUAUUUUGGAGUAGACAUUUGUGCCAUUCAAGAAUAUUGUCUACAGUGUAAGGAUAUAGAGCACUGCCGUGCAGAAAUUAGGGAUUUUGAUGCUUUUGAUUUGCGAUUGAGGCUUCCUGCUGUGGUUAGCAAACUGCACAAGCUUGUCAACCAUAAUGGUGGUGUAACAUAUAUACAUUGUACUGCUGGACUUGGAAGAGCUCCUGCUGUGGCAUUAUCAUAUAUGUUCUGGAUUCUUGGAUACAGUCUUAACGAAGGGCAUCAGCUACUACAGAGUAAACGAACUUGCUUUCCAAAGUUGGAAGCCAUUAAAUUGGCUACUGCUGACAUUCUGACAGGCUUAUCGAAAAAUUCCAUUACAUUAAAGUGGGAAAGCGAUAAUUGUUCUUCUGUUGAAAUCUCGGGGCUUGAUGUUGGGUGGGGACAGAUAAUUCCUUUGACAUACAAUAAGGAGAAAGGAAGUUGGUUUCUUGAGAGGGAAUUGCCUGAAGGAAGGUAUGAAUACAAAUAUAUAGUGGACGGCAAAUGGGUGUGCAAUGAAAAUGAGAAGAAGACCAAAGCAAAUGCUGAUGGCCAUGUGAAUAACUACAUCCAAGUCUCCAGGGAUGGUACCAGCGUUGAAGAGAAGGAAUUAAGGGAGCGUUUGACUGGUCAAAACCCCGAUCUCACGAAAGAGGAAAGAUUGAUGAUUAGAGAAUAUUUGGAACAAUAUGUUGAACGAUAAGAGGAUUGACAUAUUAGAUGUGAUCGACUCGCUUUGGGCUCGCUAUGGAACAGGGAAGGCCUGCUGAUGAACAGGCCACACGGAGCUUCGCAAUGAACAGACAAGACGGAGCUUCGGAAUUCAUGCUUGGGUCGCCAUGUCAUGUCAAUAUUUAGCUUAACCCUGCAAAUGGUUCGCUCAUGACUAAUUCACGAGUCGUCAUUGUAAACAGAUGCUGCAUAAAACGAGCAAUAUGUGUUGCUUAUACUAGUAACACUUUGGCCGUAUAACUAAAACAGUAGAAAUAAUGUUACUAUUAGACUGUAUGUAAUAAGGGCUAUUAACAGGUUACAGGCCGUGUAACAUAUGUUGGUGAAUAAUCCUGAAUGGAAUCCAUUUUUUGUCUUUA